GUUUUCAGUCACAUUUUCCAGUUUGCGUAGCUUCUUCAUCCCAUUGAGAGGAAUUUUGUGCGUGAACAGACGAAGUCACCAUGGGACUGCCAGAGCUACAGACAUGCUGCUUCGUGCUGGACCUCAAGACAGGCAAUAUUGUCAUGGGAUGCAUCAAUGCGUUCCUCUCAUUCGUGUUAUUCGUGAUAAUGAUCGUGGUGGCGUGCACCCUGGAGCCGUUCGAGGAGGAGGCCAAGGAGACCCACGACCCCAGCCUAGAGGCGGAGAUGACGGGGCUGUACGCCAUGUCCAUCAUCCUCGUCCUCAUGUUCCUCACUAAAUUCUUCUUCGACGUGUUUUUCAUAUAUGGGGUUAUAUCGGAGCGCGCGGGCAUCAUCAAGGCGUACUUCGUGAUGUGGUUGGUGUUCUUCCUGCUGUCGAUGUUCACGUUCUUCCUCAACGCGUCCCACUACAGCGCCGGCACCAUCUGCAUGGAGCUCUUCUAUAUCGGUCUCAACAUUUACGCUAUUCUACUCAGCCACAGCUUCUACAAGCUCCUCAAUACUAGAGAAGAAGUCUAGACUUGUUAAAAAUAUAUUAUUUUAUUUUAGGUGAGAUUGGAAUAUUAUAUAGGUAAUAUAAAUUCUAUACAAUUUAGUCAGCAUUUAAUGGUCGCUGACCAAAAAUUAUAAGGUACACGUUGACAAGCAGCUUGGGCAGUAGAAAUCUCCUUCUUGGUGAGAUUUGCUUGCUCGCGAAUAAUGUUUGACACGACUCGUCGCGUCUGGCUAUGAUGGACUCCUUUAGCAUGGCCAUAGUAGAAAUGAGAAAAAAUAGAAACACUGUGGAGAUAAACUAAAGUUUC